UUCGGGACUGACUUCCUGUCCGCGGGACUUGGCUGUUGGCAAGCGGGGUUGAGCCAGAAUUGUACUCCCCGCUUUCAAGGGACUUUCCAUCUUUCUGAGGACAGAACCAAUGCAUGUUAGCAGGGAGCUGUAUUGGAAGUGGAACAGCCAGGACUCGAACUGACAUAUAUAUGUGGUGCCAGCAUCCACAGGCAGUGACUUUACCAACUAUACCACAACGCCAGCCCUGGUUCAUUCAUAAACUGAAGAUCAAGAAACGUUUAAGUUAGCACACAGCUGAAAGAGGCAGAACCAGGCCUCGAGAUGAAAUCAUUCUGGAUCCUAAAACUCAUGAUCUGGACGAUGUCAAAAUGUCUCCUCCAGCUCCAUCUACAUGAAAUAGCUUCACAUUACCUCUCCAGCUUAGGAUACAGUACUGGAUGCAGAAGUGAAAGACGACAUUGACCUGGUUGGCAGUUGGCGUCCAGACCAGCCUGCGGGUAGGAACAGGCCUAGCCGCACCACAAGGCUAAGGCCUCCCUGGGGGCUGCGGACAGGUACCAAACUCAGGUGAAGAGGGAACGGCGUGCCGCAAGGGGUUCCUGGAGCAUCUGGGUGCACGAGGAAGGGGUGGCAGUGCUGGAAACUUUGUGGAGUGUGUGCUCCAACAUGAAGGCCACGGGCCCGGCAAGGGCCUGACGGGCCCAGGCUGGCCCCUCCCAGGGCUCCCGGCAGGUGCGCUGCUGCUCCCGGGAGGGACUUUCCGGUCCCGUGAGCACAGGGACAACCAGGAACUCGGGCUCAGUCUCCACCCAACAGUGGGGCGGAUCCGUCCGGGAUAAGACCCGCUGCCAAGCCCCGACGAGGGUGUGAUUUGCGUGGAACCGCAGAGGACCGGCGCAGCCCCGUCUCCGCACCAGAGAGAUCUUCUGCUUGGCUGACUGAACUCUGAUCUCAGUAUAGCAUCACGGCCAUGGCAUCCAAAGGAGGGACCAUCAAAGCUGCUUCAGGAUUCAACGCUGCCGAAGAUGCCCAGGCCCUGCGGAAGGCCAUGAAAGGACUCGGCACCGAUGAGGACGCCAUCAUUCAAGUCCUUGCCUACCGCAACACCGCCCAGCGCCAGGAAAUCAGGACAGCCUACAAGUCCACCAUCGGCAGGGACCUCGUAGAUGACUUGAAGUCAGAACUGAGCGGCAACUUCGAGCAAGUGAUCGUGGGGAUGAUGAUGCCCACCGUGCUCUACGACGUGCAGGAGCUGCGAAAGGCCCUGAAGGGCGCUGGCACGGAUGAGGGCUGCCUGAUCGAGAUCCUGGCCUCCCGGACCCCAGAGGAGAUCCGGCGCAUCAACCAGACCUACCAGCAGCAAUAUGGCCGGAGCCUUGAAGAUGACAUUUGCUCUGACACGUCGUUCAUGUUCCAGCGCGUGCUCGUGUCUCUGUCAGCUGGUGGCAGGGACGAAGGGAAUUACCUGGAUGAUGAUCUCGUGAGACAGGAUGCCCAGGACCUCUAUGAGGCCGGAGAGAAGAAAUGGGGCACAGAUGAAGUGAAAUUUCUGACUGUUCUCUGUUCCCGGAAUCGAAAUCAUCUGUUACAUGUGUUUGAUGAAUACAAAAGGAUAUCCCAGAAGGAUAUUGAGCAGAGUAUUAAAUCCGAGACGUCUGGUAGCUUUGAAGAUGCCCUGCUGGCCAUAGUGAAGUGCAUGAGGAACAAGCCUGCAUAUUUUGCUGAAAGACUUUAUAAGUCUAUGAAGGGCUUGGGCACAGAUGACGACACCCUCAUCCGUGUGAUGGUUUCACGGGCAGAGAUUGACAUGAUGGACAUCCGGGCAAAUUUCAGGAAGCUCUAUGGGAAGUCUCUGUACUCUUUCAUCAAGGGUGACACAUCAGGGGACUACAGGAAGGUGCUGCUCGUUCUCUGUGGAGGAGAUGAUUAGAAUAAAUCCCAGAAGGAGAGAAGUGUCUCAACACUCUGCAUUUUUUUUUUAACUUCAUUUUUCUACACUGCUAUUAGCAUGAUCUCAGAAUGCUCAUUUCCAAUUAAAACGCCUACGGUUGUCUCCUAGGAUAUAGCCUGUC